UCUGGGCGCACCGCCCCGCACGGUGCAGCAUGGCGGCGGCGGGUGCCGUGCAGCCCCAGGCCGGGGCGGUCGCCGCCGCCGCCGCCAGCGCUGCGGCGGACGAGUCGUCGGACAGCGAGCCGGAGCAGGAGCCGGGCUCGCCGCAGAAACUCAUCCGCAAAGUCUCUACGUCCGGGCAGAUCCGCCAGAAGACUGUCAUCAAAGAGGGGAUGCUAAUGAAACAGACCAGUUCCUUCCAGCGCUGGAAGAGACGAUAUUUUAAGCUGCGAGGACGAACGCUCUACUAUGCAAAAACUGCGAAGUCCAUUAUUUUUGAUGAGGUGGAUCUGACAGAUGCUAGUGUGGCAGAAUCCAGCACUAAGAACGUCAACAAUAGCUUCACGAUUAUCACUCCAUGUCGGAAGCUCAUCCUUUGUGCUGAUAACAGAAAAGAGAUGGAAGAUUGGAUUGCAGCACUGAAGACUGUACAGAACCGUGAACAUUUUGAGUCUACCCAGUACAGCAUGGACCAUUUCUCAGGGAUGCACAACUGGUACGCCUGCUCACAUGCUCGGCCAACAUAUUGCAAUGUGUGUCGGGAAGCGUUAUCUGGAGUCACAUCACAUGGGCUCUCAUGUGAAGUGUGCAAGUUUAAAGCCCACAAGCGAUGUGCUGUGCGGGCCACCAAUAAUUGCAAGUGGACAACUCUGGCCUCUAUCGGGAAGGAUAUCAUUGAGGACGAAGAUGGGAUCUCAAUGCCACAUCAGUGGUUGGAAGGAAACCUCCCCGUGAGUGCCAAAUGCACUGUGUGUGAUAAAACCUGUGGCAGCGUCCUGCGUUUGCAAGACUGGCGCUGCCUUUGGUGCAAAGCCAUGGUUCACACAGCAUGUAAAGAGUUGUUGCCAAGCAAGUGCCCUCUUGGGCUAUGCAAAGUAUCUGUCAUUCCUCCUACUGCUCUUAACAGCAUUGAUUCAGAUGGUUUCUGGAAAGCGACUUGCCCACCUUCUUGUACAAGUCCUUUGUUGGUCUUUGUCAACUCAAAAAGUGGAGACAACCAGGGAGUAAAAUUUCUACGAAGAUUCAAGCAGCUACUGAAUCCAGCCCAGGUAUUUGACCUUAUGAAUGGAGGACCUCACCUUGGUUUACGCUUAUUCCAGAAAUUUGACACUUUCCGAAUUCUGGUUUGCGGUGGGGAUGGAAGUGUUGGCUGGGUUCUCUCCGAAAUUGAUAGCCUCAAUCUUCACAAGCAGUGCCAGCUGGGAGUGCUGCCACUGGGAACAGGGAAUGAUCUUGCUCGCGUAUUAGGCUGGGGAUCCGCUUGUGAUGAUGAUACCCAGCUCCCACAGAUCCUGGAAAAGCUGGAGAGGGCGAGUACCAAAAUGCUGGACAGGUGGAGCAUUAUGGUGUAUGAAACCAAACUCCCUCGCCAGGCCUCCAGUUCCACAGUCACUGAAGAUUUCAGUGAGGAUUCUGAGGUGCAGAAGAUUCUCUUCUAUGAAGACUCUGUUGCUGCUCAUUUGUCCAAAAUUUUGACUUCUGACCAACAUUCAGUGGUCAUCUCCUCAGCCAAGGUGCUUUGUGAGACUGUGAAGGAUUUUGUGGCUCGAGUAGGGAAAGCCUAUGAGAAGGCAACAGAAAGCUCAGAGGAAUCAGAGGUCAUGGCCAGGAAGUGCUCUGUCCUGAAGGAGAAGCUGGACUCAUUAUUGAAGACACUGAAUGAUGAAUCUCAAGCAUCUUCAUCUCUGCCAAACCCUCCUCCCACCAUUGCAGAGGAAACUGAAGAUGGUGAUGGGUCAGGCAGUGGUUGUGAUUCUUCUAGUGACCGGUCAGUGGGCUCAUCGUGUACUGCACGACCCCAGAUAUUUCGCCCCAGGGAACAGCUCAUGUUGAGAGCCAACAGCUUGAAAAAAGCCAUUCGUCAGAUUAUAGAGCAUGCAGAAAAAGCUGUAGAUGAACAGAAUGCCCAGACCCAGGAACAAGAGGGCUUCCUCCUUAGUCUCUCAGCCUCUGAAGAGGGAAAGGAGCUUAGGAAUGAGGACAAAAUCUCCCUGCAGUCAUCACACAGCAGCAGCUAUGGAUUGUCCAAAGGGAGGAGCCAGCAGAAAGCAUCCAAGUCUCCUUGUGAGAGACAAAUAAGCAAAGGAAGUUUAUCAUUGGGCAGUUCUGCAUCUCUUCCUCCCCAGACAGGAAACCGGGACAACUUGCCAAUGCUGAACACAAAAAUUCUCUACCCAAAUAUCCGUGCUGGCAUGUCUGGGUCUUUGCCUGGGAGCUCUGUCAUCAGCCGCUUGUUGAUCCAUGCUGAUCCCUUCAACUCUGAGCCUGAAAAUCUUGAAUGUUACACAGAGAAGUGUGUGAUGAAUAAUUACUUUGGGAUUGGACUGGAUGCAAAGAUUUCUUUGGACUUCAACAACAAACGUGACGAGCACCCAGAGAAGUGCAGAAGUCGUACUAAAAACAUGAUGUGGUAUGGAGUACUGGGGACCAAGGAGCUGCUACACAGAACAUAUAAAAACCUGGAGCAGAAGGUGUUGCUGGAGUGUGAUGGGAGGCCAAUCCCUUUGCCCAGUCUCCAGGGAAUUGCUGUACUCAACAUUCCUAGCUAUGCAGGAGGCACCAAUUUCUGGGGUGGAACCAAGGAAGAUGAUACAUUUACAGCACCUUCCUUUGAUGACAAGAUUUUGGAGGUGGUAGCCGUGUUUGGUAGCAUGCAGAUGGCAGUGUCACGAGUGAUAAAUCUACAGCAUCAUCGGAUUGCACAGUGUCGAACUGUGAAGAUAGCCAUCCUGGGAGAAGAGGGGGUUCCUGUACAAGUGGAUGGAGAAGCCUGGAUCCAGCCUCCGGGUUACAUCUGGAUUGUUCAUAAGAACAGGGCACAAACCCUGACCCGAGACAGGGCAUUUGAAAGCACCCUGAAGUCCUGGGAGGACAAACAGAAGUGUGAGUUGUCCCGACCCUCCUCUUUCUCUCUGCAACCGGAGAUCAUGUCCGAAGAAGAAUCCACCCAGAUCAACCAGUUUGGUCAAGCUGCAGGUGCUCUGAUCCACAGCAUUCGGGAAAUAGCCCAGUUCUACCAGGACGUGGAGCAGGAGCUUGCCCAUGCCGUCAAUGCCAGCUCCAAGUCUAUGGACAAAGUCUACGCUAAAUCCAAGUCUACAGAGAGUCUGAACUGCAGCCUUGUUGUAGAGAUGGUGAAUAAUGUCAAAGCCCUGCAUAAUGAGACAGAGUUACUGCUGGCAGGCAAGAUGGCGCUGCAAUUAGAUCCUCCUCAAAAGGAGCAGCUCCAAGCAGCCCUGGCAGACAUGGACCUCCAGUUGAGGAAACUGGCAUUCAUCCCUUGGCUGUGGCAGCUUAUGGAGCCCUGUGAUGAGGAGAAUCAGAUGCUGGAUUAUUCUAAACGCAGCCGCAGCGGCAAAUUCCGACUGGUGACCAAGUUUAAAAAAGAGAAGAACAACAAAAAUAAAGAAACUCAUAAUAGCAUGGGAUUGCCGGGUCAUCUGGUGUUUAAUAGCAGAGGGUAGAAAGGCUGAGAGACCAGCUGUGUAACUCUCCACAGCUUACUGGAGAUGGAGAACGGUGCAGCACACAGAUUGCAGAAAGCAUUCUUGAGAGUUUCAGUUUUCAACUUCUCAGCUGCUGAACCAUCUUUGCAGAACAUGCUUUGAUUGCGAAAACUGGGGUCUUGUGUUACAGUCACUGGACAAAUAGAUCAUUGCACUUCCUUAAAAGAAGUGAUUGUUGUCUUUGAUGACACUGCUAGAUGGAGAGAACCUUUUUGAAAUAGUACUUAGUCAGGAUAUUGCACAACUUUGCUUCUCAACAAGAUACGCUUUCUCCACAGAGGAAAAUUGAAAGUGGUGGUUCUUUGGAUGUAUGAAAUUAUUUUGUCAUUGUUCUGGGUGACUUGCGUAUAGCAGAAAAAUAUUUUGACAUAAAGUAGUGCAUGGCAUUUGUUGAGUGACCUUUGGAUCUUCAUCUGUGCUUUUGACCAGCUUUCUGUUCAGGUUUUGCUGUAUUUUGUGUAGCUUAUUCCUCUGCAUGCCGCCCAGCUACAGAGUGUGCUUUGUUGUGUGGUGCCUAAGUGCUGACACACAUUUUUUGGUGUGACCAGUGAUCAGUUGGUUCUUCCUGCAUGUGUUUGGCUACACGCCUAGGUCCUUGAGAUCUGUAUGCGCUUUCUUUUCUCAUGCUUUGGCUUUUAACAGUCAGAGCAAUUUGCAUUUCUGGCUAGUGGUCUGCAGUUGUUUCUCUCCAUUGUUCUGUGCCUGCUCUGUGACUGCUCAUUACCCUGUUGUGCUCUAGUCGCUUUUUGAAACAUGGUUUGAGGUUCUAUGCAUAACCAUCAGGUUUGUAACCUUUCUGGUUGGCUUCCUCCUCUCUAUAACUGACUGAGUAGUUUGUAACUAUUGCUUGGUGCCCUGGCAUCUUUUCCCCCUUUCUCCACAGGUAAGCUUUUCUCUUGUCUUUCAGGACCUGGGUGUGACCAAAGUGGGUCACAUGAAGAGGAUACUGCAUGGGAUCAAGGAGCUGAGUCGGAAUACUCCUGCCAACGAGGUUUAGCCUCUGUUUUCACAGCCUGUGUCUACCAUUCCCCCUAACUGCACAGCAGUCACCUCACAGAGCAGAUGUGCUCACAACUGUCUCCACUGAACAGCCAAACUGCAACUGUUCAGAGCUCAUAUCAGCUGAGCAUGGUGCUACCUUUUUUUCCUGUGGGGUACAGCUGCAUCCAGCCAAGAGGCACCUUAUCUGCAUUCGGGGAAAGCCUCCCGGGAGAGAACUUGCUUGCUGUUUGAAGAACCUUGUCCUCCAGCGUGGGAAGUUCUGGUUCCAGUGGCAGUGACAGUGCAGGACUCCUGAGAAUUGCAACACAGCUACCUUUACUGGAUAAUUUCAUCACAGUACAAUUAUUCAGGGCAAAACAUACAUUGGCCAGUCUUAGUUCAGAAGCAUCUGACAGUCUUUUCGAACUGAAAACUUGCUUGCUCAUCUGUGUGUCAUACCUGUAGCUUAGAACAUUUAAGUGGAACAAAGCCUUGUCCUUGUCUUACUAAUCCCUUUUUAACUCACCUGUAGUUGCAUGUGAUUUGCAUCAGAAAUUCCAAGCCAAUACAGACCUCUCCUUGCUGUUGAAUACCUAGUGAUCCUCACUCACAUAUCCUUUGCAACUAACAAUGCACAUGGUCAGAGCAGCUGCACAAGUGUGCAGUCUGUUGCUGGGCCUGGCUCUCUGCUUUCAGCCAGUCAAAUGGUACAACAUGAGGGGUUUCAGGCAUCACAAACAAGUGUUUGGAAGUUGUUGAUGCUAAGACAAGACAAUUCUCAAGAGCCAAAAGAUCGUGAGAAAUCAGCUCUGACUGCAUUCAUCUUCAGGAGACAGAUGAAAGGGAGAGGAACACCAGAUGUUUGAGCCAUGCAAGAAGUGGAAUGGAAUGAAGUGAGAUGUGGAACAAGUUGCUCCACUUCAGUUUGGGGAGCAGCAUGACGCAGCAGCCAGGAGUGGCUUGCUGUCCAGUUGGUGCCGCUGUGGUGGCCACAGACAAGGGAGCUCUUGUUUUACUUCAGCUUGUAGUUGCAGAAAAAUGUCACAAAAGAUACAGUCUAUCUGUAGUACAGGCAUCUUUUGACCUGUCUUGGUGGAAAAGCUGCUAGAACCUUGCAUCUUUAUCUUGCUGCCUUGCUCCUUCACUCCAAGAUGGAUACUGAAAGCUUAAGGUGGCUCAGUCCUCCUGGGUUGUGCCCCCAUGAGAGCAAUCAUGCUGUCAAACAUAAGGGCUCAUGCAAGAGCUUUGCAAGAAAGGUGAUUGUUACAGAGCAGAAAAGCAUCGUAAUGAGAACUGGAAUAUGUUGGUACAUAGCUUUUGGUAUCACCAACAGUGGAGCAUGGAAAAAUCAGUGCCUCUGAAUCUGAGUUCCUUCAAACUCCCACUGUAUUGCCAGACCCCAGCUGGGUUACUGUUACAGCCCAAAGACUAGUAUGUGUAAUUAUACUGCCAUAUUUAUCACUGCAGAGCAAAUUAGGGAACAUUCAGUGCUAUGAAGCUGGAGAGACAGCAGGAAUUUUCAAUUACUUUAUAGUUUUGUAUGUAUUUAUUUUUUCUAAAUUAUUACAGUUGCAGCACUUGUCUGCCUUUGGCUGCAGACAGUAAAAUGGUCACAUUCACAGUGGCAAAAAAAUAAUUUCCUGAGGACAUCUUUUUUCAUUAUUAUUUUUGAGGAUUUUAUCAACUGUACAUCAGCUGUGCAGUCUAACAACGAUCUGUCAAGUUAUUUCAUGUCAAGACUUGACUGCUUCAAGAGGUUCCAGACUGAUUUCAUGCUGGGCAAACUCCAUUGCAACCUUUAGGACUUCACCAAGGAUUGUUCUUACUCUCCCUAUCCUUUUUUUUUUUUUUUUAGCUCAUUCAUUCACCCACAUCUCCUCUCAGCCUAGUGAGUUGUCAGGGUUUGCUCAUGAGAUGUUAGAAGACUAAGCAUGAUUGAACAAGCUAGCAGAAAUUCUGGUAUAAAUACUGUGGGGACCAAGAAAGAGAGAGGUUCAGCUUUUCCCUAGCUGUUUUCCUCCUAUCUGUACAUCAGCAAUUACUUCACUGGCAGUAUUUUUUUUAUUUAUCAGUACAAAACUCUGUCACUUAGCAAUGUGCAUGAUGGGGAAGUCCAUGUUUCUGCAAGGGAAUGCCCAGCAGGGAGCACAAGGCAGGUCAUGGCUCAGGAGAUGGGCUGAGAUCUGUGUUUGUUCCUUUGGAUGGCAAUGGAGCUGUGAAGUUUCUCCAAGGAACCUCAUGUUUAAAGUCCGUAAAAGGUAUGCACUUGCCUUCCAUCAUUCCUGGGGUUAUGUUCUUCCUCAACAGAUAGGGCUCCUCUCUACUCUUCCUGCUGAGAGUAACAAGGGACUGCAAAGAGCUGUACAUCUAAGUGUGUUCUUACUUAGUGCUGUACCUGAAGAGGCCUGGAGGCCACUAGCCAUCCUCCAUGGGUGAUGAUUCCUGCAGAGACGAAUCUUCCUUUCUUUUACAUUUAUAAUCUCUCUUGUAGAUAGGUUCAAAUCCUUUUUGUGUAGGUGCAGAUUUUAUCAGAGCAUUCAUAGCCAGUAUAUUCCUGCCUGCUACUUAUUGAAGGCAAGGAGGGGGUUCUACCUUCUUUUAAGAGCUAGAAAAUGAGAUUCAUGUUUAACCUGAGUGCCUUUAAAUAUUAAAGUUUCUGUCUAACAGAAGGGUUGUAGCUCUCUGCGUCUCACUGAGAGUAAUGCUGAUUUCUGUUGCAGAGAUGCUGUGAGCAGAUUAGAGCAAUGAGAGUCAGACAUCAGUGAGAGCUAUCUGCAAAGCAGGGAGCCAGGCUGAAUUCUGGCUGCAUUCAUCCGAGUUCCUCUUCUGCUAUCUCAUCAUUUCUAUUGUAGGAGAGAAACUAAGGAAAGACAGACAGUUAAAAAAAAAUCUGCUUGACCAAAAAGAAAGAGACUCUCCUGCAGUCUCAGGUAAAACACCAGCAUGAGAGAAGCUAGAACUGCACAUACCGCAUCUGUGUUCAGUCUCCUAAAAAGUGCUACUGUCAUGGAAGUCUGGUGCCACCUCCUGGUUAUCAGCUCUCACUGCUGGCAGUGAGUGGGAAGGAGCUGAGCAGUGCCCGCAGUGAGCUGGGCAUACAACUCCCUGUGCUAGGAAGAGCUUUCAGCCCAUUAUCUCAUACUGGUGAGCAAAUUCUGGGGAUUUGGCAUAACCCUGUGUUACAGUGGUGUGGCUUGGUGGGGCUGUGUGCAGAGGACACCAGAGGGAGGCUCGGCUCCUGGACCAGCUCCUGCUCUGACCCUGCAGAGGGCUGUUAGUGCUAAUGUUGUCUUCCAGGUUUGGCUGAUGAGAUCUUUCCCUGCUGGAAGCACCUUGUAAUGGUUCCGCACCACGUUGUAUGGAGAGCUUCAUUCAUUCCUUUAGUAUUAUUUACAUUUGUGCAUACUGUCUUUGUGAUUGAAAAAGACUGUUUACAAAAUAUUUUGUCUUAAGAUGCGUGUACUGUAAAAAGAAAGGAUGGAAACGGAUGUUUUUCUACACCUGUCAGCAGUGACUGCAUGUCUGCAUCAUCGUCCCGCAACCGCUGUUCCUCAGGGGUCUCCCUGCUGUUCUGUGAUCCUGUGGGAAGUGUAGGGAAGCACAUGAAUCCCUGUACAGUCUUGGGAAGAAGGUUUUGUGCCUUAAGAAUGGGACCUGCUUCCCUCCUAUUUAUUGUGUUAAUUUAUACAGUGAUUAUCAUGGAAAUGUCUCUUGUAUUUUUUUUUUGUACGUAGUUUACUGUUGAUUGUUGUAAAUAAUUUUUUCUUGUAUAUAAAGUAAACAUGUUUCUGA